UCCACCAUUCAAGCACAGUGAGAGAAGACAAGUCCCCUGGAGCUUGUCCAACCUACACAGCUGCUGGAAGGUCCCUCCUGGACGUGCAGAGUUGCAGUACCAGUUCCCGUGAAGUUGUAAGCUACUCCCCAGGACCAAGUGGUGUUAAAUUUAGAAGUCAUCCUAAUCACCUGACUGUCGGUAAGCCCCGAUUUAAGAAUUUCCAAGUCUACCCUUGUCAUCUCUAUCUAUCUAUAUUUAUAGGCGCACCUCACCGCCUGCCCUGGGGUCACUACCGGAACCUCCUGGAGACCUGCCCUGCUAAGGACUUGCUUCCAGCACCGGAGAGAUCGUCACUCGGGAGCGGCGGCGCCCAGCUGGCGCCCACCCCGGGGCACAUUGCAGUAAAUGCCUGGCAGCGACUUCUCGCUUCUCCCUCCACCUACCCCAUCGACCCUCUACUGCCGACCUUUGCGCCAAACUCGGGAGCGCUGCGAGACUUGCGUCCUCGCCAUCCACGCGGGGCCCCACCCCUUCCCGGUUCUAGCCCGCGAUCGGGCCAGAGGCGAGGUUUCGCUCGGCAGAUCCCGGCGAUCUGGUUUGUUCCUCCAGUAACUUUGUUCAGAAGGUUGGAAGGGAGGGGAAACGCCAAGAAGCCCCAGGAGAGGCUGGAAAGCAACGAGAAUAGGGAGGCCCGGCUGGAGAGCAAGUCCCCGAGCGGCCCCGGGGAUGGGCGCGCGGCUGGGAGGCGUCGCCGCCGCUGCUGCCGCCGGGAUGCGCUCUGCUUAGCGGGACUGCCGGGGGCGCCUGAAGGCCACCGCUCCAAGGACACGCGGCCACCCGCUCCUCGCGCUCCCCGGCCCAGACGCCGCCAGUGCCGGAGCCAAGCAGUGAAUGGGAAGAUGGAGAUGGAUGUUGAGGGAGUUUCUCCGCGCCCGGAGCCCAUCCCCCGCUCCCAGGGGGCUGGCGGAGCCUGCCAGGCGCCGCCACAGCCGCCCCAGCCCCAGCCCCAGCCGCAGCAGCAGCAGCAGCAGCAGCAGCAGCAGCAGCAGCUGGCUCAGGAUGAACUACCCGGCGAGAGUGCAGGCGCUGAGGACAGCGACGAUCCCGAGGCGCGACCCAACAGCGAGAAGGGAGAGAGCAAGCAGUCCUAUGCACCAGCUCCCCACCCCAUGGCUCCUCCCAGCCCCAGCACAAACAGCAGCAGCAACAACAGCAGCAACAACAGCAGCGGGGAACAGUUGAGUAAAACGAACCUGUACAUUCGAGGCCUCCCACCAGGCACCACUGACCAGGACCUAAUCAAGCUGUGCCAACCGUAUGGAAAAAUUGUAUCCACAAAGGCAAUUCUUGACAAAAACACGAAUCAAUGCAAAGGUUAUGGUUUUGUAGAUUUCGACAGUCCCGCAGCUGCACAGAAAGCGGUGGCGUCUCUCAAGGCAAAUGGAGUGCAGGCACAGAUGGCCAAGCAACAAGAGCAAGACCCAACAAACCUAUACAUCUCAAAUCUCCCCAUUUCUAUGGAUGAGCAGGAACUUGAGAAUAUGCUGAAACCCUUUGGACAUGUCAUUUCCACAAGAAUACUAAGGGAUGCUAAUGGAGUCAGCAGAGGCGUUGGCUUUGCCAGAAUGGAGUCUACUGAAAAAUGUGAAGUGGUAAUUCAGCAUUUUAAUGGAAAAUAUCUGAAAACCCCACCAGGCAUCCCAGCCCCUAGUGAGCCUUUACUGUGCAAAUUCGCUGAUGGAGGACAAAAGAAGCGACAGAAUCAAAGCAAAUACACCCAGAAUGGAAGGCCUUGGCCCAGGGAAGGAGAGGCUGGCAUGGCUCUGACCUAUGACCCCACAGCUGCCAUACAGAAUGGAUUUUAUUCUUCACCGUACAGUAUUGCAACCAACCGCAUGAUUCCACAGACAUCUAUCACGCCAUUCAUUGCUGCUUCCCCUGUCUCCACAUACCAGGUCCAGAGUACUUCAUGGAUGCCUCAUCCGCCAUACGUUAUGCAACCAACAGGUGCUGUGAUUACGCCAACAAUGGACCAUCCUAUGUCAAUGCAGCCAGCCAACAUGAUGGGCCCCCUGACACAACAAAUGAAUCAUCUUUCAUUGGGCACAACAGGAACGAUUCAGUCUCAAGACAGGAUUAUGAUACUCCACCAGCUGUUGUGUCAGUAUAUGACUGCUGCUGCUCCUAUGCAAGGGACCUACAUGCCCCAGUACACGCCUGUGCCUCCGACAGCUGUUUCUAUUGAAGGUGUUGUUGCUGAUACCUCUCCCCAGACAGUGGCACCUUCAUCCCAGGACACCAGUGGUCAGCAGCAACAGAUAGCAGUGGACACGUCCAGUGAACAUGCACCUGCAUAUUCUUACCAACAGUCUAAACCGUAAAUGAGACUGAAGAAUGUCCCUCUGAAACUUUGCCUUGAAUGAAGAAACUUCAUUGAACAAGAAGUUGGCUUCCAGUUUGCACAGGCGUCAAUGGAAUGCUUCUUUUUUUUAAUUUUCUACUUUACCCAAUGAAAACAGUGUUUUUAUGUGCUGUGCAAAUGGUUCCUUUACGUGGCGUGACAGUUUAUUUUUGCCAUAAUUUUUUUUAAUUAAAGAAAAAUACCCCAGAAGAGGAAAAAAAAAACCAACAACAACAAAGCAAAACAUAGAAGGUUGACGUUUUAUCUGGAAGAACAUUGGAAUUCAGAAUUUAUCUGAAGGUGUAGAUAGAUUUUUUUUUUCACAGAAAAUCUGAUGUCCAAGAGGUGGGCAAGCAGAAAUGGAAACAAAUUGUCUUCCUCAGUAAUUAAGCUACUCUUUCUUUUUCCCUUCUUGUUUAAAUCUAGCAGGUUGGUUUUUUAUUUUAUUUUUUUCUUAGAAAUAUUUAGGUAAGGCUUAUCUUGAAUCUUAAUUGCCUUAAUUUUAAGGACGUCAAAGGCUCUCGAGGCAAGCUGUCAACGUCUUGUUUAAAAAAAUCAAGAAAGAAUUGAAAUAUUGUGCCAGCUUUAACUGGUACAGAAGUUUAAGACUAUGAGUUUUUAGGGUGAAAAAAAACUGUACAGUUUAAAAGAAAAUGUUUUUCUUCAUUUGAAGAAAAUUUGUUGAUAAAAGAAACCAUGGCAACUGCAAGAAUUGGGAAAAUGCUGGGACUUUUCAUGAACUUUGUCUUAAGUGUUGAAUCAUUCUAGAAAGCUGAAACAUUUUACGGUAAAGUUAUUAACGUUGGUUUAAAAACAACUGCAUUAGAAAUAAUGCGUGUUUGGGGGGCAGAAUGCAGAUUUUUUUUAUUUACAAAGCGUGAUCGCUAGCAAAAGCAUUAGUGCUUUUUAUCUGCAGUCUUUUUUAUGAGCUUUACAAAGUUUUUAGUCAGCUUUGCUUGUCACAUUGCAAAACCUAGCUUAAGAGCAUUAAAAAAAACUUAAGUAGAUAGGAGCUUAUGGUCAAAAAGUGCAAAAAAAAAAACACAAAAAAAGCAAUAGAUAGAGAAAUUGUUGACAAUUUCUGUAGUCUUUCCUAGUUGUGAUCAAAUUCAGCCUAUGGAUGGCCUAUUUUAUACCAAAGAUGAAGUGGCACCCUAUUGCAGUCCAGAAGAUAAAGGUUGUUUUCUUUUCUUCUCUUUUCUUUUUAAAAUUUUAUUUGACCUACAUGGCCGGACCAGUUCUUACUUUGUUGUUUGUUUAAACUACCUUCCACUGGUGUUUCACAUACUGCAAGAAAAAAAAUUUUUUUUUUUUAAAGUGUAUUUGUUGAUAGUAGAAGCUUGUGCCUGCUGUGGUCAGCAAUUUCAGCAUGAAGAGUUCUGGAUACCAACUGAUAGAUCCAAAGGGUUUAAAUUCCAUGAGCUUUUUUGGUUCCAUGCUAGCUCUCUUGAAUAGUGAAACCUGUAUUGAUGGCCACCAAUAAGCUAAGACACUUGUUUAACAGGUUGAAAUUUCUUUAUGCAAAUUUUGAACUAAAGACACUUCCUAGAACCUGGUCUGAAAGGUCACUUGUCAAAAAUCUUAGUGAUAUUCUAAGUGGUAAGUGGUCUCCUGAAGAGGUAUCAUUGUAUUUGUAACAAUAGUCUUCCUUCUAAAUUCCAACACCUCUUGGUUUUGUCUUCUCACCUCAGUCUUUGUCAUCAUCCACCAUGAACAACCACCUUGAUUCUGCAGUUGGGGUGGGGGCACCUUCUUUUUGCCUCUGUUCAUUGUAUUUUCAUAUCUUGGUGUUGUCAGAAGAAAGACAAAAUAGACCUUUUUAUUUCAGUUUAACUCUCUGAGGCAAGUAGGACCAAUAACAUUGAAGAUUCUAUUAGUGGAAUUUAGGUAAGCUUUUAAAAUGCUAGUUGACAAUCAAGAAAUUGUAUGAUUUAUAUAAAUAAGAACCAAAAGAAUUAGGUUUGAUCAAUCCAUUGAAGCCAAAGGAGAUAUAUUUGCAUUGAGAAUGAUGCAAAGCUUUAUCUAAAAUGAAUUAAAUUGACUUGACAAACAUCUUUGCAUAUUUGACUCAUGAAAUCUAUGUUCAACCUGUACAGUUUUACCUGAAAUUAAGGACAAUGGAACUUUGUUAAUUGAGCCAUGCACUAGAAUUUCUUUCUGGAUGGAUCGUUAGAAUCAAAUAGAUGAAACUCUUUUUCACUAAGUCGUAGGAACCUAUCCUAGUCCAGAAGGAAGAGGGGAAUGCAUUAAGUGCACUGUAAAAGAAAACAGGGUAGGCUUUUAAAAACUAAAAAAAAUUUAAAAGGUUAAUCACAUUCCCAUUAGGUCAACAUGAGUAAUGAGUUUGACUUAUAUGAAAUUGUCAAUAUUCCACCAUUUAUGACCUAUAAACAAAGUCCUAGUGUUGAAAGAGACCCAGUUCUCUUAUUGGCAACCCCAAGAAUUGCAAGCUUAGAUCUAGAGAAUGACUCCCUAUCUUUGUGGUCAAAGUAGAGUCAAAAGUGUAUUCAAGAAAAUGUAGCAUGUGCUACAGAGAAAUUCCAACUGGUCACACCCAUCUUUAUGGUUUUCCACACUUUAGAGAGAUUCCUAGAUUUGUACUUUCUUCUGUUCCAUCCUUCAGCUUUUCAUAAAUUUUAAGGGUGGCACUUAAGUUUUAUCUUUGAGAUGUGAACCCCCAAGUUACAGGGGGUCUAAGCAAACAUGGAUGGGAAUUGUGUCUUCUGUUUCUCUUUUUCACUCUCUGAACUCUGUAUAAAUAAGAAUUAUCCUGGGCAUAAUUCAUUUGAAUAUGAAACCAACAUGUUUUCCUGUGUUCUCUGUAAAAAAAAAAAACCAAUGUGAUACAAAGAAAGUCUCAUAUACACAAUCAACAAUGAGGCUAAGAGGUAGCUACCAUGUGGCUGAUGAAUGUGCCUAGGUAACUUCCUGUUUCUGUUCAAAACUACUACUUUAUUUAUACAUUCAGAAACAUUUUUUUUCAACAAUGAAAUUUCAAUGAUCUCAAUUUUUUUAAGCCACUUCAGGCAAAAGGAAAUUACCUAUCAUUUUAUGUAUCCAUGUGUGUUUUGUGUUUGGAUUUUUUAUAUCAUACCAUUCUAUAAAAUAUCUUAUUUCAAACCAAAAAGGAAAAAAAAAACAAGAAGGAAAAAAUGGCACAUGUUCAAAUUUGCAGCUGUCAUCUUACUUAAUAAUUGUUUUUAAGAGUCAAGUCUGGGGGGGAAAGGCAUCAACAGUAAGCAGCAUUACAUUGUAUGAAAAAUGAAACAAAUCAAAAUGUGUACUCAAUAUAUGCAGACAUUGGAAUCCUAAUUUUCUCAACAAUAUAUAUUGUGAUGAUUUUCAUACCACUUAGGACUAUCAUAAUUACUUUAAAGUAUUCUGGUUCACCAGAUUUUCAAGCAUUUAUUCAGAUGUUUCAAUUUUUCCUUUCAAUUUUAAUUGCCAAGACUUAGUCUAAAUAUCAGGAAACAAACUAAAGCCACAAUCCAAAUGGGAUUAAUGCUGUCUCACCCAAACUAUCGUUACGUGGUCAGUGGAGGAGUAGGUUUCCUUUUAAUAAUGAUAAGAUGUUGUCAGCGGAGGCAGAGUAUGCAUCGUGACUGGGAGCUCCUCAGUGCAUGGCCAGGUCUGCUUAAAGAUGUCAUGGACCCUAGGUAAGCUAAAGGUAGCACUAGCAAGUACUGGUGUCUGUCCUUGAACACUGGCAUGUCUUGAAUAUGCAAGUGACAUACUAUUCUAAAAAAAGGCCUACCUGACUCCAGUUUGGCCGGGGUUGAUCUGUCUUCCUGGUAGAUUUCAAUCAUUCAGAUGUCGUCUCCAUGCUUCACUUGAAUCAGUUCUUCCUGUGACCUUAACAGAUCUGCUACACUCGACAGCAUAUAAGACUCACUUCGACCGCUUCCAGUGAAAAAGUGGUAAUAGUAGAGAUGGAAAUAUUAAAAAUGGCGGUAAAGGUGUUCAUGUUAGAGCUGGAAGGCCGGGAGCAGGAGGCUGGAUGGAGCAGGAAGUCCACCGUACCUGCAGAAUGCAUUGACCCCUUGGAAAACUGCUUUAAAAUCAUUUUCAAUGCAUGUAUGACAAAAAGCACUUCCCCCCCCCCCCAAAAUAUAUUUGAAUAAUUGAGAUGUCUAUUAUAUAUCUACGUAUCUUAUACAGUGGCCUAAAAUCCUCAUUAAUGAAGAGUGAGAUUUGAUUUAAAUAGGACCUUUGCAGCCUUCUUCAUGAUUGAGGAGAUGUUUCAAUGGACUGUCUAGACAGAUUAGAAUGCUAGUGGGAGACUGAAAAUAUAUUUGACAAUUCAGUCUCAUUCUUAAUUUGAGUGUAUGAGCCACUGCAGAUGAGCUGAUAAGCAGGGAGAAAUUCUUAAGUGGGUUUCAGGGAUAAAAGUUUUUAUAUGCUACAAUAUCAAAUGAAAGGAUAUUUAUGUACAUGGAUAACAACAUUCAGCUCAUUUGAGGAAUCACACUUCAUAAUAGAAUUUAAACAUGUCAUAGACAUUGAUCCGUAUUAUCUUGUCCACAGGAGGGAGUAAAGGAUGAGAUGUUGUUUUUCAUGUUAUUGUGGCUGGCAUGCUUCAAAAUUUUGAGCUCACUGGGACUGACAGCCUCUCGCUCCAAUAUGAGGGACUGAUGGAAUUCAAACAGGCUUCUUGAUUCUGUACACUACACCCUUCCUGUGGCAGUGAUAAUGGGAUUUCAUUAAUGAAUCAAUUCAUUUUACGAAUGACAUCCACUGUGGCAUUGGAAGACAGUUGAGUCUAACUCAAAUUUAACAUUUCUUACCAAAUAUUCUUAAAUAUGAAAUCGGUCCCUUAAUCCAAGUGCUCUUGGUCAUGACUGUCCUUUGUGUACUGCACAGAGUUCAGGCAAGUAUAAAAGCUAAAUACAAAAUCUCUGAGUGGCCCCAAAGAUCCUUCCUGACUUAGGGCAGGAGAGCUCACCCCAGGUUGGUGAUUUCUUUUAUCUGUGGUUUUAUACUCCAAUACAUAUGCUCACUGUCACUAAAAAAGGAUGGGUGACUUUUCAAUGUUCAUUUCUUUGUAUUUAUGGGAGGGAAAAUGAUGUUUUAAGAAAAGCUUCUUCCGCUCAGGAAGCUUUAAAGCUGAAGCAAAGGUGAGAUCAAGCUUGGAGUCUGCAGAAAGAACCACUAGGCGGCUGAGUCACACUUUCUUCCAUUGUAUUCACUCCAGUUAGUAACUGCCCCCGUCACCGAGUCUUGCAGAAAUACAACCACUCUCAAUUUUUGAAGGGCUAAUUAUCUACUUCGUGCAUUUGUUUUGUCUUCUCUUUUCAGCUAUUAAGAAGUGGACUCUAUUUCCUUUUAUUAGCAUUUCACUCUGAGGGUGGAAAAAGAAACAUUUGGAAAUAAAACUCAAAUCACUCUAUUUUGUUUCUUGUUAAGUAUUGAUUUUUUGAAGGAGUUUGAAAUCAUUGGUAAAGUUAAUGUCAGUGCAUUAUAAAACAUGGAUUUUUCUUAUCCAUAAUGUCCCUUUCUCAUCCACUACAAAUAAUUGAGAGUUGGCUGUAGUUUUGCAGAAUAUAAAGAAAAAACUGUAGCAAAGCAUUUGGCUUCCCUUAAAAGAAAGCUGUUUUGGUUUUGUUCACUAUUGAAACUUAAACCAGUAGAAAAGGUCAACUCAAAAAUGAGUUAUGAGAAUAUAAUAGCAGCUCUUGGUUAAAUAUACACUCUUCUCCCUAUCUUAAAUCUUUGACAAAAAAAAUGCAUUGUUUUGCUGUUUUUUGAGUUUGUGUUACUGUAUUAAGGCUGAAUGACCUUGACACGCCAGUGGAUUUUUUGAUGAUCAUUUCAAAUUUAAAUAGUGUCCAAAGUGUAACUUUACUGUUAUACUUUGUAUUUUAAACCCUCUGGUCUUAGAUUAUUGUGAAAGAUGCUCUGUCCUCCUCCCCAAAAUAUGUUAUUUCCUCUUAUAUAAAAAAGGAGUUAUUCUAUACUUUUCAAAGAGACAUUUGAAAAGUUUUUUCCAUUCUGGAAAUUAAUGCUCCCAUUUAUUUAAACAGAAGAAGAAGAAUAUAAUUGGCUUCUUAAUUUUAAAAAAUACAUGUGAAAGUGUACUUGCUAUGAAAUAUUCAGUUUAUUUUAAAAAAAAUGGGACACAGCUUCUUUUAAAACCCUUGUUUCAGGCCAUAUUUGACUUCAUGGAACUUCUGAAACAUCAUCAAUUUCGAAUUUUAUUUAAGAGCAUUUUGUACUGCUGUCUCUGACUGUCAUGAAAGUUCUGUAAUUCUAUGGUGUUUCUGGUCUUAUGUUUAAUUUUUUCAUCUGUACCACAGUCAAAUUAGCUACCAUUUCCCCCAUUCCUUGGGCUUUCUGUAGAUCAGUGGAUGUUAGGUUUAAACUUCUGUUUUCUUUGAUGAAGCUUUCAAUAAAAAAUGAAAAUAAAAUCAA